AUGGGUGUGCUGUUGGGGUAUCGCUUGUUCCAGCUGUUGAUGCUGCCCUUACUGGGUGCAGCGGCAUCUGCAGCAGGUCCAUUGCCUGGCUGCCGAACGAGAUGCGGCGAGAUCGACGUCCCCUACCCUUUUGGCAUCGGUCCUAACUGUUCGAGGGAAGGCUUCUCACUAGAUUGCAACACAACGGAUGAUGGUCUCGAGAAACUUUUUGUGUUCAACGUCGAGAUCACUGAUAUCUCAUUGCCACUAGGCCAGACACGCAUGCUCAAUGAAAUAUCGUGGCAGUGUUACAACGUUAGCAACAUCUCAAUUGGAAGAUGUGUGAAAGGUGCAGCGGCAUCUGCUGCAGGUUCACUGCAUGGCUGCCGAUCAAGAUGCGGCUUUCGACUAGAUUGCAGCACAACAGAUGAUGGCCUCGAGAAGCUUUUUGUGUUCAAUGUCGAGAUCGUCAACAUCUCACUGCCACUGGGGCAGGUCCGCAUGGUCAAUGAAAUAUCAUGGUAG